AUGCCUGAGACAGACACACACCCACCAGAGCCCGAGAGCAGCCCCACCAACCACCACCACCCUCCUCCUACUGAAUACAAACGGAACCGGCAGAUCAAAACCCACAAUAUCCGAGGCAAGGAACCGCAGAGCGAAAAACUGUGUGGCUCCUGCCAGUCGCUAUCAGAGCAACCAGGCGCUAGCAGCCUGCUAGCGGGGCCGCUCCCCACAGGCGCGGCGGCCCGGCCCGGCGAGCUGUGGGACGUGGUGGUGCUGACGGCGGCGGACGCGGCGCAGGCGGGCGCGUUCCGGGAGCAGCUGGCCGAGAAGCUGCGGCGGGAGCAGCUGCCCAGGGCCGUGCGGUUCCUCGUGUGCGCCGACCCGCCGGGGCCCAGGAUCGGAAAUGGUGGAUCAACUCUUCAUGCUCUUCGGUGCUUGGAGGAGCAGUAUGGUGAUCAGUGGACUUCCUUCACUGUGCUGCUAAUCCAUUCUGGUGGUUACAGCCAGCGUUUGCCAAAUGCAAGUGCCCUGGGCAAGAUCUUCACGGCCCUGCCGCUGGGCGAUCCCGUGUACCAGAUGCUGGAGCUGAAACUGGCCAUGUACAUCGACUUCCCCCGUCACAUGAAACCAGGAGUCCUCGUCACGUGUUCGGAUGACAUAGAGCUGUACAGCACCGGAGUCACAGAAACCAUCACCUUCGAUAAACCUGGGUUUACUGCCUUGGCUCACCCCUCAGAUCUGGCAGUCGGGACCACGCACGGGGUGUUUGUGCUAGAUCCGUCCAGUUUUUCGGGAAAGGGAGGACUGGAAUAUGGAUCAUGCUAUCGUUUCCUGCACAAGCCUGACCUGGAGACCAUGCAGCAGAGUGGUGCAGUGUGUGUGAGGGGGGAUCGCCCUCCGCUCAGCUCCUCUGGGGGCUGUGGAGACUCGGCCAUGGCCUCAGAGUGUGUGUACACAGACAGUGUGUUCUACAUUGACCACAGCACUGCCCAGCAGCUACUGGAGUUCUACAAGAAGAUGGGCACUCUUUGCUGUGAAAUAGAUGCAUAUGGUGACUUUCUCCAGGCCCUGGGGCCUGGAGCCACUCCAGAUUACACCAAAAACACAAGCAAUGUCUCCAAGGAGGACUCAGGGCUGGUGACAGUGCGGCAGCAGCUGUACUCCCUCCUGCAAGGCACUGCCCUAAAUGUCAUAGUCCUCAACAACUCCCAGUUCUACCACAUUGGGACUACUCAGGAAUAUUUGUUUCAUUUUACUGCUAAGAGCCAACUGAGAUAUGAGCUUGACUUGCAGCCUGUGGCUUUUAGCAUCUUCCCUGACACAGCCAAGACCUUGGAUCAGUUGAGCAUCAUCCAGAGCGUCCUUGAGCCCGGGUGUGUGAUAGGGCCUGGCUCUGUCAUUGAGUACUCCAGAAUUGGGCCUGAGGUCUCAGUAGGGAAAGGCAGCAUUGUUAGUGGGUCCCACAUAAAUUUCAGUGUAGACAUACCCUCAAACUGCUUCCUGAGUUCAGUAAGUGUGAAAAUUACUGAUCGAGUGGAGUAUGCCACCAUGGUGUUCGGUGUAGGCGACAACUUGAAAAAGAGUGUGAAAUUGCUGUCAGACAUACACUCCCUCCAGUUUUUUGGAGCCAGCUUACCAGAAUGCCUUCACCUCUGGAGCUUAGAGGCUUCAGACCAGCUCUUCUCCAGUGAGGACACACGUCUGGGGCUGUGGACUGCAAGGAUUUUCCCUGUUUGUUCUACUCUGAGUGAAUCAGUUAGGAUGUCACUGAACAUGCUGAAUUCUGUGCACCACAAGUCAGCUUUCAAACUGAAUGGCUUUCAGCUUUUGUCUGUUGAAGAAAUGCUCACCUACAAAGAUGUAGAAGACAUGCUGAAGUUUAGGAAGCAAAUUUAUGAUGAAAUCUGCCUACAAAGACAAAAAGAGAAGUCUGAUUAUAGAAUGAACAGUACUUGAACAAACUAUUUUUCAUUUGUGGACGAUUGAUUACUUCCCAGCUUGUAAGAAUCCUAAGGGAAAAGUACACAGAUCUCCUCUCUGAUCUCAUUGAAGUAGAAAUGAAGAAAUUGCAUAACAUUAAUAAAGCAGCAAAUCCAGAUAAAGUGUUCUUUUGAUUAAAAUAGGGAAAUACUUCAGAUCUAAAAACACUAUUUGGUGACCUUUUGUGGGUUGCAUGUUAUGUCUGGUAGUUUUUUGUCAGAAUACAAUACAGAAAAAAUUGUCUAUUUGGCUGAAAACAGCUUUAAAAGCUUUUAAAUGGUAGAAUAUUAGCUCAAGAAAUGUGGAAUAAUACAACAACUUGUGUUUCUCUCUUUUUAUGCUGCCAUUUUGCAAUACAGUUUCAAACAGUAGUUAUGUAGAAGUAAAACGAUUAGAAGUGCUUUUAAUUCAAUGUCUUGGGCAUUAAUAAAUUUUUAUCUUUUGUUUUUUA